CACCUCCCGCAAAUGCUCAGCUUCUUCUGGCUGAGGUGUCUCUUAAAAAUGGUCAAGGGGAAUAUUAUAGUCCCUGAAGACAUCUUAAGCUUCUGUUGCAAUGGCCUCCAGGGCUCGACCUCUCCACCACGUGCCAGGGAGCCAGGGGAGCGGGAGGAGGCGCCGGGGGCCAUGGCGAGCCCCUCGCCUGCCUGCAACCCCACCGAGGUGCAGAUGAGCCAGCUGGUGCUGCCCUGCCACACCAACCACCGCGGCGAGCUCAGCACUGGCCAGCUGCUCAAGUGGAUCGACACGGCCGCCUGCCUCUCCGCCGAGAGACACGCUGGCUGCCCGUGCGUCACAGCUUCCAUGGAUGAUAUCUAUUUUGAGCACACCAUUAGUGUUGGGCAAGUUGUGAACAUAAAAGCCAAAGUGAAUCGAGCCUUUAACUCCAGCAUGGAGGUGGGCAUCCAGGUGAGCUACGAAGACCUGUGCAGCGGGAAGCACUGCAGCAUCUGCAAGGCCUACGCCACCUUCGUGGCACAGGGCCCCUUGGGCAGCAAGGUGAGGCUGGAGCCGCUGACCCCGCAGACAGAGGAGGAGAAGAUCGAGUACAGCAUCGCUGCCGAGCGCCGCCGCAUGCGCCUGGUGCACAAGGACACCCUCAAGGACCUUCUCACCCGCAGCCCCCAGGAAACUGAGCUGGAGACGCGGGAUGGCAGCGGGGCGGUGCCGGCAGAAAGGACGCGGGUGGAGAGUGUGGAGCUGGUGCUGCCUCCACAUGCCAACCACCAGGGCAACACCUUCGGUGGGCAGAUCAUGGCCUGGAUGGAGAACGUGGCCACCAUCGCAGCCAGCCGGCUGUGCCACGCCCACCCCACACUGAGGGCCAUCGAGAUGUUCCACUUUCGGGGACCAUCACAAGUUGGAGACCGCCUGGUGCUCAAAGCCAUCGUCAACAACGCCUUCAAAAACAGCAUGGAGGUGGGCGUCUGCGCCGAGGCUUACGGCCAGGAGAUGUCCGUCAGUCGCAGGCACAUCAACAGCGCCUUCAUGACCUUCGUGGUGCUGGACCAGGAGGGUCAUCCCCGCACGCUGCCCAUGGUGGCACCCGAGCCAGGGGAUGGAGAAAGGAGGUACAGAGAAGCCAGUGCUAGAAAAAAAAUUCGGCUGGAUCGAAAAUACGUCAUCUCCUGCAAACAGACUGAGGUGCCACUCUCUGUGCCCUGGGACCAAAGCAACAAGGUUUAUCUGAGCUACAACAACGUCUCUGCGCUGAAGAUGCUCGUGGCCAAAGCGAACUGGGUGCUCGCCAGAGAAAAGGAGAAGGUACGGAUGUACACUCUGGAGGAGGACAAGUUCCUGUCCUUCCGUAUCGAGAUGUCCGUCUGCAUCACGGCCAGCCGAGCCUUCUCCCUGCUCUCCAACCUGCGGCGCCGGCAUGAGUGGGACAGCCACUAUGUGAGUGCUGAGCUUGUCCAGAAGGUCGAUGACGACGACAUGAUCUACCACGUGGUGAGCCAGAAGCUCAGAAACGAGAACAAACCGCAGGACUUCGUUAUCCUGGCAUCCCGGCGGAAACCCUGCAGCAAGGGGGACCCCUACGUGGUGGCCUUUCGCUCGGUGACGCUGCCCACCCACCCCGCCAGAGCCGAAUUCACGCGUGGGGAGACGCUGUGCUCCGGGUUCUGCAUUUGGCCAGAGUCAGAGGAGAUGAGCAAGGUGUCUUAUUACAACCAGGCUAUGCCGGGGUACCUCAACUACGUCACCACCAACGUGGCGGGACUGUCCUCCGACAUCUGCUCCACCUUUGAAGCCUGUGAGAAGUUCCUGCUGAAGAAUAAGGAGGAUCUGAUCUCACAGCUGCAGGACUUCUAGAGACACGGCCCCCUGCUGACAGAUGGACAGACAGAUGAGGGGACACUUCUGUGGUGAAGGGGAUGUGGGAUGGUGGCACCCAGACCCUGCCUCCCUGGGGGCUUUGGUCCCAGGGGCUGGCGUGGAGGGCCAUUACUGUACCACCUCAUCCCUUGCACUGUUGUGUCAUACCUUUUCUUCUUUCUUUUUUUUAAAUUUUAUUUAGACGUUUUAUAAGCUGAUGUACAGGACUUGGUUUUCUAGUUCACUUAACGCUACUUGAAUCUUUGUAUGAUCUAAAAUCUUCCCAAACCAGAUUUUUUUUUUUUACUAGUUCUUGGUGGGACAUAACUGGUUCUUUUUAAGGCAGCAAAAGGAGAGAGGGGGCAGUGAUGUGGGGCAGGUGCUGUACCCCUCCCUGGUGUAGGGGUAGCUGGUGGAACAUCCCACUCUCCCCAGUGCUGCUCCUUUUCCUGGCCAGAGCUGGCAAACAGCCCCUGCUCCUCCUGGGCUGAAAUGCCACCCCAUGGGGCUGUGGAAGGAGCAGCAAUAAAAGUGUUUUGAAAGGAAAAACAUCCAUAUGUGC